AGAACACUGACCACGUAGAAACGACAUGUUCCAGUAGACCCUAACGGCGUCUCUUCCUGGCCCAGAAACGCUUGUUCCCAAGCACGAGAGAGCCAUGGGCAGCCUGCAAGGGAGCGUCGUGGCCCAUCUCCUCUGGACAAUGCUGCUCUGGAGUGGGGACAGCAGCUGUCAGGCCCAGAGGGCAGGUUGCAAAAGCGUCCACUACGACCUGGUCUUCCUCCUGGAUGCCUCUUCGAGCGUGGGCAAGGAGAACUUCGAGAAGGUCCGGCAGUGGGUGGCCAACCUGGUGGACACGUUCGAGGUGGGCCCGGACCGCACCCGUGUGGGCGUCGUGCGCUACAGCGACCGGCCGACCACGGCCUUCGAGCUGGACCGCUUCGGCUCACGGGCCGAGGUCAAGGCGGCGGCGCGGCAGCUGGCCUACCACGGCGGCCACACGCACACGGGCGACGCGCUGCGCUACGUCACGCGGCACAGCUUCUCACCGCGGGCCGGCGGCCGCCCCGGGGACCGCGCCUUCAAGCAGGUGGCCAUCCUGCUGACCGACGGCCGCAGCCAGGACCUGGUGCUGCCCGCGGCCGCUGCCGCGCACCGCGCAGGCAUCCGCAUCUUCGCCGUGGGCGUGGGCGAGGCGCUGCGGGAGGAGCUGGAGGAGAUCGCCUCCGAGCCCAGGGCCGCGCACGUCUUCCACGUGUCAGACUUCGACGCCAUCGACAAGAUCCGGGGCAAGCUGCGGCGCCGCCUGUGCGAGAACGUGCUCUGCCCCAGCGUGCGUGUAGAAGGAGAUCGCUUUAAGCACACCAAUGGCGAAACCAAGGAAAUCACAGGUUUUGACCUGAUGGAUUUGUUCAGCGUGAAGGUGAUCUUGGGGGAGAGAGAGAACGGGGCGCAGAGUUCCUACGUCCGGAUGGGAUCCUUCCCUGUGGUGCAGAGGACUGAGGAUGUGUUCCCGCAAGGCUUGCCUGAUGAGUACGCCUUUGUCACCACCUUCCGGCUCCGGAAGAUGUCUCGGAAAGAAGACUGGUAUAUCUGGCAGGUCAUCGACCAGUACGGCAUCCCGCAGGUGUCCAUCCGGCUGGACGGCAAGAACAAGGCCGUGGAGUACAACGCUGUGGGUGCCAUGAAGGAUGCCGUCAGGGUGGUCUUCCGAGGUCCCCGGGUCCAUGACCUUUUCAACCGGGACUGGCACAAGGUGGCCCUGAGCAUCCAGGCCCAGAACGUCUCCCUGUACGUAGACUGUGCGCUGGUGCAGACACUGCCCAUCGAGGAGAGGGAGAACAUCGACAUCCGGGGGAAGACCGUGAUCGGCAAGCGCCUCUAUGACAGCGUGCCCAUCGACUUUGACCUACAGCGGAUCGUGAUUUACUGUGACUCCCGCCACUCGGAACUGGAGACGUGCUGUGACAUCCCCUCGGGUCCGUGCCAGGUGACCGUGCUGACGGAGCCCUCACCCCCGCCCCAGCCGCCUCCCACCUCCGGCAGUGAACAGAUCGGGAUUUUGAAGACUAUCAACUGCUCCUGCCCAGCUGGAGAAAAGGGUGAAAAGGGCUUUGAUGGCCCAGUGGGACUCCCCGGCCCAAAGGGGGACAUGGGAGCCUCUGGGCCGGCUGGAGCUCCUGGACCCAAGGGAGAGAAAGGAGAUACGGGCAGAGGACCUCUUGUCCAAGGAGAAAAGGGUGAAAAGGGUUCCCUGGGCCUGCCGGGUCCCCCUGGGAGAGACGGCAGCAGAGGCAUGCAGGGAGAGCCGGGAGAGCCGGGGCUGCCGGGCGAGGUGGGCAUGCGGGGACCCCAAGGACCUCCUGGACUUCCCGGACCUCCCGGCCCCGUCGGAGCUCCUGGUCUCCAUGGAGAACGAGGUGGAGAGGGCGCCCAAGGAGAAAAGGGGGAGAGAGGCCUGGACGGAGUCCCCGGGAAGCACGGGGACACUGGAGAGCAGGGAAGACCCGGCCCUCCUGGCGUGCCAGGGCCCCAGGGAGAAAAGGGUGCCAUGGGGCCUGCAGGACCUCCUGGGGUACCGGGCUCAGUGGUGCAGAGAGACGGCCUGAAGGGCGAGCAGGGAGCCCCGGGACCACGAGGCCACCAGGGCCCUCCUGGGCCACCAGGCGCUCCGGGUCUGAUGGGUCCAGAAGGCAAGGACGGUCCUCCUGGUUUGCAAGGUCUCCGACUCGGAAGCGCGUCUGGAAAGAAAGGUGAGACCGGCCCUCCUGGAACCCCUGGAUUGCUGGGGCAGCAGGGCCCCGCAGGACCACCUGGCGUCCCAGGCCCCCCUGGACCCGGAGGCCCCCCGGGUUUGCCUGGAGAGAUCGGCUUCCCAGGAAAACCUGGGCACCCUGGGCAGGCGGGACCUCCUGGAAAGGAUGGGCUGAACGGACCCCCAGGCCUGCCAGGACCAAAGGGAGACCUGGGAGACAGAGGGGCGGACGGUUUGCCCGGACAGCCUGGCCCGCGGGGUGAAGCUGGGGAGCAGGGUCUGGCUGGCCGACCUGGAGAGAAGGGAGAGGCAGGGCUCCCAGGCGUGAGGGGAGCGAAAGGAGAACAGGGAGAGAAAGGAGAACUGGGCCUCCCGGGACCGAAAGGUGACCGAGGUGCAAAGGGUGAAACGGGUCCAGCAGGCCCCCCAGGAUUACCUGGAACUACGUCCCUGUUCACGCCGCGCCCAGGGACGCCAGGAGAACAAGGGCCCAGAGGAGAGAAGGGCGAUCCCGGCACGCCCGGGGAAGCGGGAUCACAGGGUCAUCCUGGAGAACUGGGGCCUCAGGGACCCAUUGGACCACCGGGUGCCAAGGGACAGGAAGGCGCGCAGGGGCCGCCCGGAGCAGCUGGGAACCCCGGCGCUCCUGGACCUGUAGGUCCCCCUGGCCCCGGUGGUCCCCCAGGAAGUGCGGGCCCCCCGGGCUCCAGAGGCCCCCCUGGGAAAGAUGGGGAGCGCGGUGAGAAGGGGGCGGUGGGAGAAGAAGGAAGCCCAGGGCCAGGCGGCCCCAGAGGCGACCCUGGUGCCCCUGGGCUCCCGGGGCCGCCCGGAAGAGGGAAAGAUGGAGAACCGGGACUUCGUGGACCACCUGGACCACCUGGACCUCUGGGAACUAAGGGGGACCGUGGUGCACCUGGAAUCCCCGGCUCUCCUGGCAACCACGGAGACCCGGGCGUUGGGGUCACUGGCCCUCCUGGCCCCUCUGGACCACCAGGAGAAAAAGGGCCUCAGGGAUCUCGAGGCCCACCUGGAUUCCCCGGUCCCCAGGGACCAGCUGGCCAAGACGGUGUACCUGGAAAUCCAGGAGAAAGAGGGCCUCCUGGCGAACCCGGCGCCUCUCCACUACUGUCUCCAGGGGACAUAAAUCUCUUGGUUAAGGAUGUGUGCAAUGACUGUCCCCCAGGUCCCCCAGGCCUCCCUGGUCUGCCAGGUUUUAAAGGGGACACAGGUCUCCCGGGAAAGCCAGGGAGAGAAGGCACAGAAGGGAAAAAGGGAGAUGCUGGGCCCAGAGGCCUCCCAGGGCCCCCAGGAAUAGAUGGACCGCAGGGAAGUAAAGGAGAACGUGGUGCAGAUGGUGAGAUUGGACAGAAAGGGGAUCAGGGUCAUCCAGGAGUUCCAGGUUUCAUGGGGCCCCCAGGGAGCCCUGGGCCACCGGGGACAGAUGGAACCGCCGGAGCUGCGGGGCUGCCAGGAGUCCCAGGAUCCCCGGGGAAAGACGGUCCUCCUGGCCCCCAAGGCCCAUCUGGAUUACCCGGAAUCCCAGGAGAAGAAGGCAAAGAAGGCAGAGAUGGAAAGCCAGGGCCCCCCGGAGAGCCGGGCAAAACAGGAGAGCCAGGUCUGCCAGGACCGGAGGGUGCCCGCGGUCCCCCUGGCUUCAAGGGACACACAGGCGACUCUGGCCACCCUGGCCCCCGGGGAGAGCCUGGGGUCAUGGGGCCCCCUGGCCGGGAAGGGUCACCAGGAAAAGAUGGUGACAUUGGACCCACAGGGCCACAGGGUCCCCAAGGACUGAGGGGCUUACCGGGUAAGAACGGAUCGCCUGGAUCUCCAGGAGACCAUGGCACUCCAGGCAGUCCCGGCCAGAAGGGAACCAGAGGAGAAAACGGCAGCCCAGGGCUCCCUGGCUUCCUGGGUCCCCGUGGGCCGCAGGGUGAGCCGGGAGAGAAGGGAGUCCCAGGCAAGGAGGGGACCCCUGGGAAGCCGGGAGAGCCGGGACCCAGAGGAGAAAGGGGCGAUCCUGGCAUCAAAGGUGACAAAGGACUUCCCGGAGGGAAGGGCCAGCCUGGAGACCCUGGGAUCCCAGGCCACAAAGGUCACACAGGCCUAAUGGGCCCCCAGGGACUACCUGGGGAGAAUGGGCCGGCCGGGCCGCCGGGGCCCCCGGGCCAGCCAGGAUUUCCAGGACUGAGGGGGGAGCCUCCAUCCAUGGACAUCCUGCAGCGGCUCAUCCGAGAGGAAGUGGAGAAGCAGCUGGAAACCAAACUCGCCUACCUCCUGGCCCAGAUGCCCUCAGUGCACACCAAGGCGUCUCAAGGCAGACCCGGGCCCCCAGGGCCCCCUGGAAAGGAUGGGCUUCCAGGUCGGGCAGGCCCCAUGGGGGAGCCAGGACGGCCUGGGCAGGGGGGUCUGGAGGGACCCUCUGGGCCCAUAGGUCCCAAAGGUGAGCGAGGAGCCAGAGGUGACCCAGGUGAACCUGGAGUUGGCCUCCGAGGCGAGGUGGGACCCGCCGGGAUCCCAGGUCAACCCGGGGUACCUGGCUAUGCUAAAGAUGGGCUCCCCGGGGGUCCCGGUCCUCAAGGGGAGACAGGACCAGCUGGACACCCUGGCCCCCCAGGACCCCCCGGCCCCCCUGGCCAGUGUGACCCCUCCCAGUGUGCCUACUUCGCCAGCCUCGCUGCUGCUCGACCUGGUAAUGUGAAGGGCCCCUAGAAGAGUCCCGAAUGCCAGGAGACGGCGGUGGAUUUCUGAAACUUGAACGCAGAGCCCGAUGGGAAGCAGAGGUCUUGAGA